AUGACCGUCCAAGUCGUUCUCAACACCCCGCUGGCGGAUGCCUUGAGCGCCGCCAUCCAGCCAAAGCUCGUCGAGGCCGGCUGGGCAUCAGGCUCUGACGACGAUGCCGCGCUCGUCGAAUACAUCAUCCUCAUGCUCGUUAACGGUCGAACGCAGGAGCAGAUCGCCACCGAGCUCUCAGCCGAUCUUCUCGGUCUCGGUCCGGAAGAUCCUGGCGCCAUGGAAUUCGCGGCAUGGUUAUUUCAACAGGCAGAACAAAUUAACGCCCAACUGAAUGGCUCCCAACCCGCAGGCAACGAUGCCAUGUCAGGCAUGCCCCAGGGGAAUGGCGACUUCGACACCGACAUGGGUGCGAACGAUGGAAAUGAACUGAAUGCUCCGACUGGCCCGCGCUCCAUGCGAAACGGCCCUAAUCCGAGAGGAAGCGCUCGCGAGAAGCGUAUGCUCGGACACAUGACCAAGGCCAUGGAUAGGUCAGGCGACUCAGUCCUUCACCGCGUUCGCGGCAACGACAGAAUCAACUCCCAUGCCCGUGGCCCCCCCACGGGCCCUAGGGGUGGCAUGGGACGCGGCGGACGGUCGAUGAAUAACCGAGGUGUUAAUAUCCAAGCCGGUCUGAACGCAAUGGCAGGCAUGAACGGUCAGCAUGGAGCACCCCCUGGGAUGAACCCCAUGGCUGCCGCUUGGGGGAUGCCGCCGCAAGGUCAACCUUCGCAGAUGGACCUUAUGGCGAUGAUGGAACAACAGGCACAAAUGAUGUCUCAGCUUCAACAACAGCUCAUGAACCAAUCCGGUGGGCGAGGCGGACGCCGCGGAGGCAAGUCACUUUUCGACCGCACCCAAAACUCUCGUGGCGGUUUUGGAAACCGUCAGCAGCAUCCCAGGGAUAAACAAGAUUCGGCAAUGGGAGAAGGCGCCGAGGGAGACGAUGUCGAAAUGUCGCAAUCAAAGCGCGAACCGCCUAACCCCGACGAAACUGUCUGCAAGUACAAUCUCCACUGCACCAACAGGGAGUGCAAGUUUGCGCAUCAAUCCCCUGCGGCGCCACCUGGCACCACAGUCGACAUCGGCGAUGUGUGUACCUUUGGUGCUGCAUGCAAAAACCGCAAGUGUGUCGGUCGCCACCCCUCUCCGGCGGCGAGGCUUGCUCACCAGAGCGAGCAAGAUUGCAAGUUCUUCCCGAAUUGUACGAAUCCGAGGUGCCCCUUCAAGCACCCCGAAAUGCCCUUAUGUCGGAACGGCGCAGGGUGCACGACUUCGGGUUGCAAAUUUACACAUGUUAAGGUCAAGUGUAGAUUCAACCCUUGCAAGAAUCCUCAUUGCAUGUACACCCAUGAGGAAGGCCAACAGGGUGUUUUCAAGGACAAAGUCUGGACUGCCGAUGGAAGCAAUGAUCACGUCAGUGAGCGUCAGUUCGUGGACUCGAACGCCCCGGCGGAAGUGAUACUUCCCGAUUCAGAGAAUGUGGCCAACCAGGAGCAAGGCAAUGCUCAGGAGGUCAUCAGUUAG